ACCGAUCUAUCAUUGUCCAACAUGGCACCUGGAUUGAUCGACCCCGAGCCUGCCGUCUCGCAGUCGGCAGUGCGUACCCUGUCGUCCAUGACCGAGGAGUACGAUGACACGCUGAGAUUCUACCUGAACGGGACAAAGGUAGUACUCGACACAGCGGACCCCGAAGUCACAUUGCUCGAGUACCUUCGUGGUAUUGGCUUGACAGGAACAAAGCUUGGGUGUGCAGAGNGGGGCUGCGGUGCAUGCACAGUCGUCGUCUCACAAUUCAAUCCAACAACAAAGAAGAUAUACCAUGCCUCGGUCAAUGCGUGUCUGGCUCCUCUGGUCAGCGUUGACGGAAAGCAUGUCAUUACCGUCGAGGGCAUUGGCAGUGUCAAGAACCCACACCCUGUGCAAGAGAGAAUAGCCAAAGGAAAUGGAAGCCAUCUUUACGCCCUAUUAAGAAACACACCAGAACCGACAGAACAUGAAAUCGAAGAAGGAUGCGACGGCAAUCUCUGUAGAUGCACAGGGUACAGACCAAUCCUCGACGCCGCCCAGACAUUCAAGAAGUCAUCCUCGAACGACAGUGCCUGCUGCAAAGACGAUGCCGCAGCCGUGUCCACCGAAGGAGGAUGCUGCAAGACAAACGGAAAUUCCACAAAGAUCACACCUCCCUCGGCUGGCUGUGGAAGAGUAGGCGGUUGUUGCAAGGACGGCAAUGGCUUCGUCGAUGACCAACCCAUCAAGCGUUUCACGCCCCCAGGAUUCAUCGAAUACAACCCAGACACACAACUCAUCUUCCCUCCGGCACUGAAGAAGCAUGAGCUUAGGCCACUGGCAUUUGGCAACAAGAAAAAGAAGUGGUUCAGACCAGUCACACUACAACAACUGCUAGAGAUCAAGAGCGUAUAUCCCUCAGCAAAGAUCAUUGGUGGGUCGUCCGAGACACAAAUCGAAGUCAAGUUCAAGGGCAUGCAGUAUACUGCCUCAGUCUUUGUUGGUGACAUUGCAGAAUUGCGUCAAUAUGAGUUCCACGACGACUACCUAGAGAUUGGCGGCAACGUCGUCUUGACAGAUCUCGAGCAAAUUGCUCGCGAUGCCAUUGAACGAUACGGACCCGAGAAGGGACAGCCCUUCAAGGCCAUCCUCAAACAACUCAAGUACUUUGCUGGACGCCAGAUCAGAAACGUAGGCACCCCUGCCGGAAACCUGGCUACAGCUUCACCCAUUUCUGACUUAAAUCCCGUAUUCAUGGCUACAAACGCUACCAUUGUUGCCAAAUCACUCGAACAGACCACCGAGAUCCCAAUGUCCGAUUUCUUCAAAGCAUACAGAUUGACUGCUCUGCCUCCAGAUGCCAUCAUCGCAAGCAUCAGAAUACCCGUCUUUAAAGAGAAGAACGAACACAUGCGAGCAUACAAGGUGUCAAAGAGAAAAGACGACGACAUUGCCAUUGUGAACGCUGCCCUUCGCGUGGUUUUGAGCGAUUCAAACGAUGUUGAGGACUGCAGUCUGGUCUACGGUGGCAUGGCUCCUGUCACAAUCUCCGCCAAGGAGGCAGUUAAAGCUCUCACUGGCAAGAAGUUUACCGACCCGAAGACUCUAGAGGCCGUCAUGAAUGCACUGGAGAAGGACUUUGACUUGAGAUUUGGUGUGCCGGGUGGUAUGGCCACUUACCGCAAGUCGCUAGCUCUUGGCUUCUUCUACCGUUUCUACCACGAAAUUCUCUCCGAGCUUCCGGUGACAGAUGCGAACAUCGAUCAUGACGCUCUUGGCGAGAUCGAGCGUAUUAUCUCCUUUGGCAAAAAGGAUCACAAGGCUGGAGAAGCAUAUGAACAGAAGAUCCUCGGAAAGGAGCAACCGCACGUGGCAGCUAUGAAGCAGAGUACUGGAGAAGCACAAUACACAGACGACAUUCCUGUUCAAAAGAACGAGCUUUACGGAUACAUGGUCUUGUCGACCAAAGCACACGCCAAGAUCACUGGUGUAAACUACGAGGCUGCCUUGGAAAUUCCUGGUGUGAUCGAAUGGGUUGACCACAGAGACCUACCCAACCCAGAAGCAAACUGGUGGGGUGCACCAACCUGCGAUGAGACCUUCUUCGCCGUGGAUGAAGUCUUCUGCGCAGGCCAACCUAUUGGUAUGAUCCUGGCCAACUCAGCUAAGCUUGCCGAGGCUGGUGCUCGCGCGGUCAAGAUCGAUUACGAGGAACUGCCCGCCAUCUUCACCAUCGAGGAAGCUAUCCUGAAAGAGAGCUACUUCAACCAUUACAGAUAUAUUCAGAACGGCGAUGUCGACAAAGCUUUUGCCGAAGCUGACCAUGUGUUCACUGGUGUUGCUCGCAUGGGUGGUCAAGAGCACUUCUACCUCGAAACAAAUGCGUGCGUUGCUGUUCCUAAGCCUGAAGAUGGCGAGAUCGAGAUCUUCAGCAGCACGCAGAAUCCUAGCGAGACUCAGACCUAUGUCGCCCAAGUGACAGGGGUCGCAGCCAACAAGGUCGUCUGUCGUGUCAAGAGACUGGGUGGUGGCUUUGGUGGCAAGGAAACUCGUUCCAUCCAACUUGCAGGUAUCGUUGCUACUGCUGCCAAGAAGGUUGGACGUCCGGUUCGUUGCAUGCUCAAUCGUGAUGAGGACAUUUUGACCUCGGGCCAAAGACAUCCUUUCCUUGCUCGCUGGAAGGUUGCAGUCAACAAAGACGGCAAACUUCAAGCCUUAGACGCUGAUAUCUUCAACAACGGUGGCUGGACCCAGGACCUUAGUGGUGCAGUCGUUGAUCGUGCUCUUUCUCACGUCGACAACGUCUAUAAGAUCCCCAACGUUUUCGUUCGCGGACGCGUUGCCAAAACCAACACAGUAUCAAACACUGCUUUCCGUGGGUUUGGUGGCCCUCAAGGCAUGUUCAUCACCGAGACCUUUAUGUCGGAGAUUGCAGACAAACUCGGUAUGGACGUCGAUGAUCUUCGCGAGAUCAACUUGUACCAGCCUGGCGACAAGACCCAUUUCCUUCAGAAGCUUGAGGAUUACUACGUGCCUCUGAUGUACAAGCAAGUUAAGGAAGAAUCCAACUACGUCGAGAGAAAGAAGGAAAUUGCUGCCUACAAUGAAAAGAGCAAGUACUUCAAGCGGGGCAUCUCGAUGAUUCCCACCAAGUUCGGUAUCUCAUUUACUGCACUUUUCUUGAACCAGGCAGGUGCAUUGGUGCACAUUUACCACGAUGGAUCUGUACUCGUCGCGCACGGUGGAACGGAAAUGGGUCAAGGUCUUAACACCAAGAUGAUUUCCAUCGCAGCCGAAGACCUCGGCGUCGCCAUGGAGGACGUCUUCAUCAGCGAGACUGCCACGAACACCGUUCCUAACACAUCGUCCACUGCCGCUUCAGCAUCUUCCGAUCUCAACGGCUAUGCCAUCCACAACGCCUGCGCACAACUGAACGAGCGUCUCGCCCCUUACAGAGAGAAACUCGGUCCUAAAGCUACGAUGAAAGAGCUCGCUCACGCCGCAUACUUUGACCGCGUCAACCUCUCAGCUCAAGGCCACUAUAAGACUCCUGACAUUGGAUACGUUUGGGGCCCCAACACUGGCCAAAUGUUCUUCUACUUCACCCAAGGUGUUGCGGCUGCCGAAGUCGAGAUUGACACUCUGACCGGUGAAUGGACCUGCCGUCGCGCCGAUAUCAAAAUGGACGUCGGCCGCAGUAUCAACCCAGCCAUCGAUUAUGGCCAGAUUGAAGGCGCAUUCGUCCAAGGCAUGGGUCUUUUCACUAUGGAAGAAUCGCUUUGGCACCGUGCGUCUGGCCAGAUCUUUACUCGUGGCCCUGGCGCCUACAAGAUCCCUGGUUUCCGCGAUAUCCCUCAAGAGUUCAAUGUUUCUUUGCUAAAAGAUGUGAAUUGGGAAAACCUUCGCACGAUACAGAGAUCCAGAGGUGUAGGCGAGCCACCACUGUUUAUGGGCAGUGCUGUCUUCUUUGCCAUCAGAGAUGCACUCAAGGCGGCUAGGAAGCAGUGGGGUGAGGAAGAGGUACUGGAGUUGCAUAGCCCGGCGACGGUGGAGAGGAUUAGGCUUUCGUGUGCUGAUCCUAUCAUCAAGAGGAGUAUGGUUGUGCCUCAGGAGGGUGAGAAGAGUUUCUUUAUGAGCAUUUAG